AGCAUUAGCAGCUUCAAGGUUUUGUUUUUGUUUUGAUUCAUUUGACGAAACAAAAAGCAUGGAGCCUGAGAAACAGACCCUUCUCAACCACCACACCGAGAAGCACUUCACCGCCGGCGAAGUCGUACGCGACAUCAUCAUCGGCGUCUCCGACGGCCUCACCGUCCCCUUCGCCCUCGCAGCCGGCCUCUCCGGCGCCAAUGCCACCUCCUCCAUUGUCCUCACCGCCGGCAUAGCCGAGGUCGCCGCCGGCGCCAUCUCCAUGGGUCUCGGAGGUUAUUUAGCUGCAAAAAGUGAAUCCGAUCAUUACGCUAGAGAAAUGAAAAGGGAGCAAGAUGAAAUCAUCGCCGUGCCGGAUACUGAAGCGGCAGAGGUGGCAGAAAUUCUGGCUCAGUAUGGGAUAGAGGCUCAUGAAUAUACGCCUGUGGUGAAUGCUCUUAGAAGAAGGCCUCAAGCAUGGCUUGAUUUCAUGAUGAAAUUUGAGCUGGGACUAGAGAAGCCAGAUCCAAGGAGAGCAUUGCACAGUGCAAUGACCAUUGCGAUUUCUUACAUAUUGGGAGGGCUUGUUCCUCUGGCUCCUUACAUGUUCAUUCCUAGGGCAGCAGAAGCAGUUGUAUUUUCAGUGGUGGUUACAUUGGUUGCAUUGUUGGUUUUUGGCUAUGCCAAGGGACGCUUCACAGACAAUAAGCCUUUCAGAAGUGCUUUCGAAACUGCUCUAAUUGGUGCCAUCGCCUCUGCUGCUGCUUUUGGUUUGGCAAAGGCUUUCCAUCCAUAGAUUAUUUUUUGAUGCUUUAUUAUAGUGUACUUGUUUGCAACUAUGUUUCUUUUGAGAACUUCUCUUUCCAACUUCUUUGCUAUUUGGUGUUACAGCUUUUCAUUUUUCUGUUUUACCAUGUAGUUAGUUCCUUUUGCAAGUUCAGACCCUUAUGUGAAGUAUUUCUUUGCAUUCGAA